CGAACAAACUAAACAACCUGAACAACCUGUACCUGAACAACCCCUACCUUCACCAACAAAUAAUAAUAAUCAAAUAUAUGAUAAAGCAAUUGCUAAAUUUAAUUGUUUAAAAGAAGCUUAUAGUGCACUUUAUAAACAAAAUCAAAGUUUAAUUCAAGAAAAAGAAUAUUGA